GAGCAGCCGCCGCCGCCGAUCCUAGUAUCCCUGCCUUCUUUCUGUCCUCUGUCCAUUCCGCGCUGCAGCCGUCGGUCCUCCUGCUUUCCUGCGGGGGCCGUCGGCGUCCGUCUGAACGCGUUCCACGCGUCCCAGUGCAGCCGGCGCCCGUCGGUCCUGCGCUCAAACUUCCCGAGUCGGAGAGCGCGGGCGGUGGCAGCGGGGCCCGGAUGGGAGCCCGGGUCGGCGGCGGCGGCGCCCAUGGACGCUAACCGCCCGGGCGCGUUCGUGCUGAGCAGCGCGCCUCUGGCUGCGCUGCACAACAUGGCUGAGAUGAAGACGUCGCUGUUCCCCUACGCGCUGCAGGGUCCGGCGGGCUUCAAGGCGCCCACCCUAAGCAGCCUUGGUGCGCAGUUGCCUCUAGGCACUCCUCACGGCAUCAGCGACAUCCUGGGGCGGCCGGUGGGUGCAACGGGUGGCGGCCUUCUGGGGGGUCUGCCCCGCCUCAACGGGCUCGCCUCGUCAGCAGGUGUCUACUUCGGGCCAGCGGCAGCCGUGGCACGGGGCUACCCCAAGCCGCUGGCGGAGUUGCCUGGGCGCCCGCCCAUCUUCUGGCCCGGAGUGGUGCAGGGCUCUCCCUGGAGGGACCCGCGCCUAACCGGCUCGGCCCAAGCCGGAGGGGUCCUGGACAAGGAUGGCAAGAAGAAACACUCGCGGCCGACGUUCUCGGGCCAGCAGAUCUUCGCGCUGGAGAAGACUUUCGAGCAGACCAAGUACCUGGCAGGCCCAGAGCGCGCGCGGCUUGCCUACUCUCUGGGAAUGACCGAGAGCCAGGUGAAGGUGUGGUUCCAGAAUCGGCGGACCAAGUGGCGCAAGCGACACGCGGCAGAGAUGGCGUCGGCUAAAAAGAAGCAGGACUCGGAUGCCGAGAAGCUAAAGGUGGGUGGCUCAGACGCGGAGGACGAUGACGAGUACAACCGGCCCCUGGACCCCAACUCCGACGACGAGAAGAUCACGCGGCUACUCAAAAAGCACAAACCCUCGAACUUGGCGCUGGUUAGCCCGUGCGGUGGCAGCGCGGGGGACGCCUUGUGAGGAUGCGGCCAGGCCAGAAAACCCGGGAACGGGGGCGCGCGGCAUGCCCCGACGCCAGCCGCCCAGCCGCAGUGUGUAUAUAUAUUUUUACAGAAUAAGUUAUAAAGCGGACAUUGGCGCGGCCUCGGCGUGAGGUGCGGAGUGCGGGGUUUGGGCCGGUCACUUUGUAUAAUCAAUAAAUUAUUUAACACGUC